ACAUUGCUGUCUCAGGCUCCCAUACAGAUCACACCUCACACACUCUGGUCCUGAAGUACUCAGUUGUGGGCUGUAGGCGGCGACGGAGAGCCCAAUUUCUGUAAAAACAACAUCUCACCUUCUUUCUUUAGUCCAAGUGCUGGAACACGUUUGAGUGACCAUGGAGCGCGUUUGCUGUCAUGUAGUUCAGCGUUAAUACGCCGUGAAUAGUUGCACGCAGGCGACCUUUGAGAAGAUAACGAGGAGCAGGACUCGAAGCUAUGGCCGCACGGGAGGAAGGAGAGGUUUUGCACGGUAAACUAAGGCACCACGACGGGACUGGAAGUGUAAACAGCUCAGAGGGCUUCAGGAACGGCUAUGUGAAGAGCUGCGUCACCCCCCUGAAACAGGACCAUCAGAGAGGAUUUUUGUUCAGCGUGUGCAGGUUUUGUAACGAAGACGUCCUCAAUUCCAAACUGCUGAAGGUGUCUGCCCUAUACGUGGGCGCCUUUGUUGUUUUCGCCGUCUCUUUCCUCAUUUCCAGGAGCUUGCAAAGUGACUCGGUGUGGGAUCUGCGGACUUUUUUGCUGGGCUUCUCCCAGUCCAUCUGUCCCCUGUUCAGCAUAGGAUGUGCGUUCUUCUUCCUCACCUUUUACCUGAGGAGGAAGAAGAAGCAGAGCAGCAGAUCGUGGCUCCUGUCACUGCCAGCUUCGUGCUACCUCGGGGAUUUUCUGGUUCUGCGGUUCUUGCAAUGGGGAGAGGACCAGCACCAGAUGCAAAUGGUGGGCAGGUUGCUGUUCGUGUUGGGAUGCGUGGGUCUGCUCACGCUCAUCCCGACGCUCAAACUCAAGCACAGCGUCCUCGUCCUGGUGUUCGCCAGCGUGGUGUGGCUGCUCUCCCUCACAAGUUUGAGCGCUCUGCCCGCACUGCUCAGACCGCUCCUGGCCUGCUUUGCGGGGGUUUCUGGCUCCCUGCUGGGCAUCUGUUUCGACCGCUACUGCCAGACGAGGGAAGCGCCGAGUGGGGUUUCCAGCGCGGAGGAAAAGGUCCCGGUGAUCAAACCGAGGAGACGGUCCAGUUGCGUUUCACUGGGGGAAACGUCGACCAGCUAUUAUGGCAGCUGUAAAAUGCCCCGCAGACCCUCGUUGCCCUGCAUAUCUAGAGAGCAGAUGAUCUUGUGGGACUGGGAUCUGAAACACUGGUACAAGCCACAGUAUCAGGGUGCUGUUAGUGGAAAUGGGGUGGAUCUCUCAGUCAUCAACGAGGCCAGAAACCUUGUGUCAGAGCUGCUGAUGGACUCGUCACUGUCACCAAACACUGCUGCGACUCUGCGAAGCAUCUCCAGCCUGAUGGGGACGUUUUCAGGCUCGUGUCGCCCCAGGGUUAACCCCUUUACGCCCUUCCCAGGUUUCUACUCUGUAGAGGCAGAUGACUCUGCAGAGAGGAGCGACAGGAAAGGCAUGAAGGGUUUGAGUAGCAGAAACAGCCUCCCUACACCUCAGCCCAGGCGGAGUUCAACCUCCUCCACACCGUCUGCACUCCCUCCGCUAGACUCUGGCUCUUCUCGCUGGGAGCGUAACAAUGGAAAGAGACCCCACUGUGACCUCAGUCUGACCAGCUCAAGCCUGACCAACGGUCCCAAUGCAAACCUGCUCACUAUUCCCAAACAGAGGUCUUCCUCUGUCACCCUAACAUACCACGCGGUGCCCAGAAGAACAGGCACAUCUCCCAGCCUCAGCCCAGUCACCUCACCAAGCCAUAGCCCCCCCACACUAAAUACAGGUUCCUCAUCAUCCCUCACCCCUCGGUUGCCCGUGGAGUUUCCCGACACAGCGGACUUCCUGACAAAGCCGAGUGUUAAUCUGAACCUCCACAAGCCUUUAGUCAGCUCCACUGAAUUCCAGCAGGCCUUUCGUAGCUCUACCUUCUCUCUGUGCACCAGCUGUGGUCGUCAGAUGCUCAAGGGAAUUUCCAGCAGUGAGUCUGGGGACUCUCAUCAGCUGUUCAACAACGAGGCUCAACGCAGGCGCUCAGUGGUUGAAGGGCUGGAGUAUUCUGGGGGGGAUUUUAUCAGGGAAGAGCCAGACGUGACUGGAGAGGGGAAGUUAGAUGCUGAAAGAGAUCUGGGUGUGGUAGAGGAGAACGAGAAGAGGUCCAUCACUGAGCUGCAGACUCAGAAAGCAGAGGGGGAACAGGAGUUCAGACUUGAUUCCAUGCUGGAGGACCACGAGGGUCUCAUGGAGAAGAUGGACACCUGGAAUUUCCAGAUCUUUGAGCUGGUGGACACAACAGGAGGGAAGACGGGAAGGAUCCUCAGCUACGUGACAUACACGCUUUUCCAGGAUAUGUGUCUAUUUGAGAUCUUCAAGAUCCCUGUGAAGGAGUUCAUGUCCUACUUCUGUGCUCUGGAAAGUGGCUAUAGAGACAUUCCCUAUCAUAACCGGGUCCAUGCUACAGAUGUGCUCCAUGCUGUUUGGUACUUAACCACUCGACCAAUCCCUGGGUUUCAGCAGAUCCACAGUGAGCAUGUGACAGGAAGUGACACAGAUUCAGAUAGUGGAAUUUCCCCGGGCAGGAUAUCAUACGCCACCUCCAAGAGCUCCUCCAUUUCAGAUGACAGUUACGGCUGCCUGGCCUGGAACAUACCUGCCCUGGAGCUCAUGGCCCUUUAUGUAGCAGCUGCAAUGCACGACUACGACCAUCCUGGUCGUACAAACGCCUUUCUAAUAGCCACUAAUGCACCUCAGGCAGUGCUGUACAACGAUCGCUCAGUCCUAGAGAACCACCAUGCUGCAUCCGCCUGGAGCCUCUAUCUGUCCCAGCCCGAGUACAACUUUCUGACCAACUUAGAUCAUGUUGAAUUCAAACGUUUUCGCUUCCUCGUCAUUGAGGCGAUACUGGCCACAGACCUCAAGAAGCACUUUGACUUUCUGGCUGAGUUCAAUGCCAAGGUAAACGAUGUAAACAGUCCAGGAAUUGAUUGGACCAAUGAGAACGACAGACUUCUGGUGUGCCAAGUUUGUAUCAAGCUGGCAGACAUCAAUGGACCAGCCAAAGUCCGAGACCUGCACCUCAAGUGGACAGAAGGCAUUGUUAAUGAGUUUUAUGAGCAGGGCGAUGAAGAAGCAAAGUUAGGAUUACCCAUCAGCCCCUUCAUGGACCGCUCUGCACCGCAGCUGGCCAAGCUACAGGAAUCCUUCAUCACCCAUAUUGUGGGACCUCUCUGUAACUCCUAUGACGCGGCCGGUCUGCUUCCUGGUCACUGGGUAAAUGAAUCGGAAUCAGAUGAAGAAGAUGAUGAAGCACAGGAGGACACAGAUGAAGAAGAAGAUGAGGAAGAUGAGUUAGAAGUUGAUCUGGCAACAGGAAGGACGAAAGGUCGUCGCAGGUUGUUCAGCUGCAUCAUGCAGCACCUGACGGAAAACCACAAGAUUUGGAAAAAGAUCAUUGAGGAGGAGGAGAAGAACAAAGAACUUGGCAAACAGCAGCAGCCGGACAGCUUGCCCACCUCCCCGUCAGAUGACAUCCAGGUCAUCCAGGAGGAGGAGGAGGGGGAGGAGCGUCAGUAGCAGGAGGACAAAGUGAAUGUGCAAAGCUGCACGGAAAAGAAAAGGGGAAGCUGUGGAAGGACUGAACUUCUUCAACCGUCUGCCUUUUACCGACACAAAGACAGAGUCAAUAGAUGCACAUAAAACAUACUUUGUUCCCGCGCUAUCCUGAACACACACAUUAAAUGAUUCACUGUGCAGACACUCAAAUGUUAAAGCAGUCACGUCGUUUUUCAGAGAAACAAAAAGGCCUUACUACUGUGAGCGGAUCCUUACUGCAACGGUAGGGGCCCAACCCCUAUGCACUUUCAUCCCAUGGAGAGUCAAGUGCAAACAGACAUAAAAGCACCAGAACCAAGGGUAAAGGUGCAGAAGAGGACUGUGGACGGGGUUCCAGCAUUAACUUUUCCUCCAUGGUGAAUUGGCUGUGAUGCUGCCUUGAAUGCAAAGCGCUUAACACUUAACACCUCCUUUAGGUACUAAGUAGUUCCUGUUUAUUUAAAAGAAAAUUAAACGAAAGGUAGAGGAAAAGUACUGAAGCAGGUGGUAUCCUUAGCCCUUACCAAAGUGAACAGUCCGACAGUCCGGAAGACAAGAGACUGAAACUGCUUCAGCCUCUGUGUCUAUAUAUAUAUAUCUAUAUCUAUAUCUAUAGAUAUAGAUAAAUAUAUAUAUAUAAAAAGGAGAAUCAAGAAAUAUAUUUAUUUUUUGAGUAUAUACAUAAGCUGAUGUGCCUGUCUGAAACUUUACUAAGUCCAUUUUGGCCCAGAGUUUCGGCUUGAGAAGUUUCCUCUCCUUGCUGGUGACACGAAACACUGUAUCAGACUCAGUCACAGAGACUUUAUUGAAAUGUUGACUGAUUAAUAGCAUUAUAUCUGCAUCGUUUUUGAUGCUUUUAUUCAUGUGUACCACCGUACUUCCCCCAAAUCCCCCUUAACUCUCUGUUCUUUGUUGAGUUUGAGUGUGACUAUUUCUGACCGGAAUGUGACAGAGAGAAUGAGCAGGGAGAACGAGAGCACAUCUUUAAACAUGUUAGUGUGUAUUUUGCGUGUCUUUGUGUGUCAUUUUAGCAUUGUUUGAUUUCAAAUCAGUAAAAUGUCCUCUGGCGUUUGACGUGUUGCAUUCAGAUCAGGAGUGCUGAUUCAAUGAACGGAUUCUUUAUGUUCCUUUUAUUUUGUUGAUUACAAGUAUUUUUUUAAAGGUUACUCAGGAUUCGUGCAAAGUUGAUUAAUUAUUUUGCAAGAAUUUAUGUCAUUCAUAUGAAAUACACUUUAAGGAAUUAAAAAAAAAAUGGGGGUGAUUGAAGUAGUUUGUAAUCUCUUAAUUAACUUUACUACAAACAAAUUCAAGCAGAUGAAGUCCUCUGUGGUAGAGGGACAGGCAGAAUGUGUUGUGUCUUGGUUUAACUCAUACACUGUUUGCAAAAUCGUUUUACAACCUCACUGGAGAAGAAAAUAGUUAUGAUUGUCACCAGACUGCAAAUCUCUUUUCUGCAGGAACAUAGCAAUCAGUUUUGCAGGUGUCGAAUAAUAUAGUAGGUUUUUGUUUUGAUAUCACACAGGCUAGGAUUGUUUUUCUUUCAACUACUUCAUAUAAAUUAUCCUUUUUUUAGACUUUUAUCCAAACCCACAAUUUUGCCAGUGUGUAAAGACAAGAUGCCCUGUUUUAAUGUCUCUUUGGUUUUGUUUAUAUAGACAAAUAUAUAUAUAUAUAUAAAACAUAUAAAGUGUCACAAGGCAGGUUAAAAACAUAAUAGUUCUCAAUCUGUUUUUCAAUUUCUGUCUAAACUCUUGGCAUUCCACUUAAUAUGAUAUUUUAUCAAAGGGAAGGCAGAAUUGUUACUUAGGUCUUUUAUCACCUUAUUAACUCAUAAUCCCUGCAGAAAAUGUUAAGCAAGCUGAAUAAUAUUUAAUGACAGAAAAUAAAUACCUUUGUGCACAUUUUAAUACCAAACAAGUGUUUCGCCACUGUACAAAAAAGUAUGUGCAUAUAAAUAUAUAUAUUUUUGAAAUAAUCGAAUGAAUGCAUCUGUUUUCUACACGCAGCUGACAUAUUGUACAUCCUGUAAUUAUGACCUUUUUGUGUUUCCAGAGUGUUCAUCUUUUUCCAAAUGUGAAACUUGUGUAGGGAGCAAGGUUUUAUUUUCCUCUCUGCUCCAGCCUCACGCCUCGCUCCCUUUUCUUUUUGUACCAUAACCACUCUUGUCUCCUCUAUUUACUCUCUCACUGUUGUUUCGCUUGAUCCAACUAGUGCCAAACUUUCCCCGCAUCUCGUCAUGUGUUGGCUGUGACGUGCCGAUCUUAGACGUUUCUCCCGGCUCCAUUGCUGUUUGUACAAGAGCAACCCAUAGUGACCGAGGCGAGAGUUCUGACGAGCCCGGUUCCAGUUCUCUCACGUGGACCCGAGCCGGAUCAGAAAGCCGUGGUAGCUCCUGACCUGACAUUCUCGCUCAUUGCGUUGUAAAUGGUUGUUGACUUCUCACUGUGCAGUCUCCCAAACCACAGAGUCAUCUGUGAUUGUGCCAUAAAUACAUCUAUGAACAGUUGUGACCCUUAUGUAGCAUCAGUAUACGAGCGUUUGUCUAAUGUAACCAUUCACCCGUAUCUUUAAUGUGGGACAGCCAAUUUUUGUUGUUAUUUAUAGAUGCCAUAAAACUACCAUCCCUAAAGUA